GGAACUGAGCCUGGUCGUCAGUUACCCAGGAUUUGGCUAACUUUAUGGGCCUGAUCAGGGCUCGUGCAGCAAGAGCUCUUCAACCGCUACAACUAUUUCACUCCUCAUGGACACACUCGGCGCCCCGGUCACUAUACAAAUCGGUAGGAAUUUAACAGAUCUACCCGGCUGCCCCCUGUACCACCCGGACUUAGAGCAGGCUGCAGACUGUCUGGUGUGGGACAAGCACGGGAAGAGUCUAGAGUUUAAGGAACUUUACCGAAAUAAGAAAGCGAUAGUAGUGUUUGUGCGGAAUUUCCUGUGUUAUACCUGCAAAGAGUAUGUGGAAGAUCUUGCCAAGAUACCUAAAAGUUUUCUAGAGAAAGCAGAUGCCAGACUCAUUGUUAUUGGACAGUCAUCAUAUCUUCAUAUUCAGGCAUUUUGCUCCUUAACUGGGUAUCCCCAUGAAAUAUACGUUGAUCCAGAUAGAGCUAUCUAUAGUAAGCUAGGUUUGAAGAAAGGGGAAAAUUCUACUUCUUCAGCUGGAAACCCACAUGUGAAAUCAAACCUCAUUACUGGAAGCAUCAAAAGUAUGUGGAGGGCAAUGAUGAGUCCAGCUUUUGAUUUUCAAGGAGAUCCUGCUCAGCAAGGUGGGGCUGUAAUUGUGGGCCCAGGUAACAAAGUCCACUUUUUGCACCGCGACAUGAACAGACUUGAUCAAGCGUCAAUCACUUCUCUUCUACAACACGCAGGAGUGCAACCAGUUCAUUUUGGUUCUAAGCCUAAAAUAUUAGAAGUAUAAAGAAUUCAUAUUUUUGUAGCUAGUUCAUGUUAUGUCACUGAAUGCAAAAAAAGCCUGAAUUUAUAUAUUUCUAGAAAUCCAUUUCUAUUUUUUUUUUUAAUAUAUAUAUAUAUAUAUAUAUAUUUACCUUUUUUCUACAGACCAUUAUAGUACUGAUCUUGAAUGCAAUCCAUAAUUGUAUGAAACUUUUUAUGCCUGUGUAUAAAAAUAUUUUAACAAAAAAAAUAUAAUGGCAGCAGUUCUGGUUUUAUUUGUGCAUACUAUGAGCAGCAAGCAAAUGAGUCCCAAAGGAAUGAAUGAAAAAGCUGUCCUUUAUUAUUCUGCUGAGUCUUUACUUAUUUUUUAUUUAUUAUUUUUAUUCUUAAACACCAUGACUGCAAAGUUUAAAAAAUAUACAGUGUCUUCUUACUUGCAAUUCUCAAGACAAAUACAUAUCCACUGUUUAAAGCAGCAUUAUACAGUGGGCACUUUAUUUUA